CGAGAUUUCUCCAAAUAUUAUGAAUGCCUAGACAACCAACCUGUGCUCAAAUCAUGCUCAUAUGGCUACAAAUUUGACACAACGUCCACAAGCUGCGUCAAGAUCUGCACCUCUUUCGGUACUGAAACCGUUGGGUAUCCAUCCGAUUGUUUCAAGUAUGUUCAAUGUGUCUGGGGUAUGGCUGUGGUCAUGAAUUGUCCACCAGGUACGGCUUGGUCCAGAGCCUUGAAUCUCUGCGAC